AUGAUGUAUUUCGCAAACUCAAAUGCGCAGUUCUUCAACGAGACAGAUCUACGGAAAGCUAUCGACAAAUAUGACGUCAGCAUGUCGAUAAAGCCAGCCGUAGAGAGAAAGAAGCGAUGGGAUAUAUGGGGAGGACUCUAUUAUGCUGGAACCAUCUACACAACAAUCGGUUAUGGCGAUCUGGCUGCUGUAACGUUUUGGGGUCGUGUGUUCACGAUGGUGUACGCGAUAUUCGGCAUUCCGAUGGUGAUCACAAUUCUUAACGACUGGGGCACAAUCAUGUUCAAGACCGCAAACAGUGAGUUCGACCCUCCCUCUUCCACAAUUCAACGCGCAUCGAGCGUCAUCAAUUGGUUUCAGAGAUAUGGAAGAAGGUGCCAUCGUGCACGUCAAUGA